UCAGAGACCCUUAAGACCAACGGGCUUCUUAAGUCACAGAAUGGAGUUUGGCCGAGCAAGAGGCCUGAGUGGGGUUACGUUAUUCCUAUUUGCCUCUGUAGGCAGGACAACUGCACAUGCAUCAGAAGCCCAAAGGUUGAGCAAAAGGAGAAAAACUUUAAAACGUCUCACAACAACCAAAAAGAAGAAAAUGGAAAGACUGUUCCUUUAUCGCUUGACAAACAGAAUAACAACCGAGCAAAACCAGGCAAUGUUCAGUGUCAGGUGACAAAUUCUUCUUUGACCAGUGCUUGUGCCAUUAACCAUAAACUCAAUGAAAGAUUUAAUAUAAAUCUAGACUCUGAGACCACCAGUCCUGACCAGACUUCUGGACCAUCUCUUCCUCAUAGAACACAGAGUGAUCAGAUAAGUGAUGCAAUACUUCAGGGUGGAGUAGGAGGAAGACAAGCAGAUGAUGGCUUUGGCUCAAAGCAAACCAAUGUUCUCCAACAUAUACCACACCCAGGACCUAUUCGGAAGCCUCCACCUGUACCUGUAACACGAAAACCCAAAACAGCUGCUCCGUCUCAUCAGGAAAUGGUGGAGAAGGAGAGGGAGGAGACCUCUAUCCAGGAAAGGAGGGAAAGCAUUGUGUCAUCAGACGGAAAGGACAGCCCAUCCCCGUCUGUCAGCAUACCUGAUAGUGAGAACAAUCAACCAGUUUAUCUGUCUGCAAGAAGAGCUUGUCCUCCACCAGCCCCACUGCCCAGGAAAAAACCUGAUGCUACAAAAGCACCCGCCUCUGCUGCUCAAAGACCAUCUGAGGAUGUGGAGCAUGCAAGGAUGCAAGUUUUGCACACGCAGCCCUGUAAGAUAAAGGAAUCUAUCGGCAAAAAGAGUGAAGAGAUGCAGAAGAAAGUAAGAGAUGAUAAGGAGGGAACGCAUCCCAGUCCUUCUUGCACUUUUCUCAAUCGGACGGAGCUCAGCAAGACUCCCACCAUGACUCCUGCAGCAGAGGUGAGCGGGACGGGUCAAGCAUCUCAAAAGAAGCCUCGUAGACACAACAGCUCGGUGGUUUUGAGGCAAUUCAAUGAACCCACUGAGGAGAAAGAAGUAGGUGAAUCCCAAGACCUCAAGGCCAGGCAAGUCAGUACUUUAUACAAUGGUGCAUUGAAGGAGAUGAUGACAAGGGAGCUGCCGUCACCACCAGUUGAGACGUCCAGUGAAGGCAUCAAGCACUCUCGCUUCAGCCCAACAAAGAAAUCCAAGUCCUUUUCUUCUGCUGACUUACAGAGUUCUGAUGGACACAAGGGGAAAACCUUACGGAGGAUCCUGGAUUUGAAGCUUCGCAAGAAGAAGACGACAAAAGAAGAUGAGAAUCCAUACCACACUGUGAUUGAUUUCAUUGGAAGUGCGCACAAGGAUCGUGAUGCACAUCAGCGUUUUGCUGAACAUCCCGAGGUAGAACCUAAACUCUCUCCUCAGCUAAUAUGGGUUGAACAGAGCGUUGAUGGAGAUGAGUUUACUGCCGGAUACAAAGAAGAUCCAGUAUAUGACAACUCAGCCAUCUACGAUGAGAUAUCGGACUAUGAGAAUGUGCUUGUGGGAAAGUUGCCGUCUCCUUCACCGGCUACUUGCAGGAAGACCCAGCCGAGCCCCGUGUAUGAUGCUGAGAGCAUUUAUGAGGAGCAGGAGCCAUAUUUGUCCCUCGUGAAAAACUCACUGCUGAUUCGACCACCAAUAGAGUUUGACAGAUGUUCAGGCGAUGAGGACGUGACUGUCUUUAAUGACACCUUCUCAGAGGAUGAUACCGGAGCCAACUCCUCAGAUGAUGAUGACGACGAAGAAGACAGCAGUUCUGUGUCAAGUAAAGGUGACCCCGAGCAGUCCGAAGGAAGCAUGGUGCAUAUUGCAAGAAAAAAAAGCAAUAUACAACACAUCGCUACAGAAAUCAUGUCCUCUGAGAGUGUGUUUGUUGACGUUCUGAAGCUUCUGCACGUGGAUUUCCGAGAGUCGGUGAACAAAGCGUCUCAGCAGAGCGGAAAGCCGGUGAUCGAGGAGCGUCUUCUCAACCAGAUCUUGUACUACCUGCCACAGCUGUAUGAGCUCAACCAAAACUUGCUCAUAGAGCUGAAGCAGAGAGUGACUCAGUGGGAUGAGGACUCCCAGGUUGCUGACAUCUUCCUGAAGAAAGGGCCCUUCUUAAAGAUGUACUCCACCUACAUCCGUGAGUUUGACAAGAAUGUGGCUCUACUGGAAGAGCAGACCAAGAAGAACUCUGCGUUUGGGGCAGUCGUCAAAGACUUUGAGGCGAGUCCACGCUGUGCCAACUUGGCUCUGAAGCAUUACCUACUGAAACCAGUUCAGAGAAUUCCUCAGUAUCAGCUGCUCCUCACAGACUACUUAAAAAACCUGUCCAAAGACUCGAAUGACUACAAAGACACUCAAGCUGCCCUUGCUUUAGUGAAAGAGGUGGCUAAUCAUUCCAAUGACAUCAUAAAACAUGGGGAUAAUUUCCAGAAGUUGAUGCAGGUGCAGUGCUGUCUGAGUGGCAACCAGGAGAUAAUCCAGCCUGGACGGAUCUUUCUCAAAGAGGGUGUCCUGAUGAAGAGGUCCAGGAAAGUGAUGCAGCCCAGAAAGUUCUUCUUGUUUAACGACGCGCUGCUUUACACCAUUCCUGUGCAGUCAGGACAGCUGAAGCUUAAAAACAUGCUGUCACUGUCUGGGAUGAGGGUUAGCAAACCGAGUCAGGAGGCCUACCAGAACGAGCUGAACAUCGAGAGCGUGGAGCGCUCUUUCAUUCUCUCUGCCAGUUCUGCCGCGGAGCGAGAUGAAUGGCUUGAAGCCAUUUCCACAGCCAUCAGUGAACACACCAAGAAGAAAAUUAGCUUUACUUGUGCUAAUCCAGAUGAGGACCAACUGGGGAACGUUGGUGACGGUGCAGCGUUGGGAUCCAAAGCUCCCAUUUGGAUCCCUGACCUGCGGGCCACCAUGUGUAUGAUCUGCACCAGUGAGUUCACCCUGACGUGGAGGAGACAUCAUUGCCGUGCGUGUGGAAAGGUGGUGUGCCAGAUUUGCUCCUCAAAUAAAUGCUACCUUGCUUACUUGAAGAACCAGCCAGCACGAGUGUGUGACCACUGUUUUGAUACUCUUCAGAAGCAAAGUGCAAUGAACUCCGCAGCUGCAACUCCAGGAACCAGAGCUACCUUUGCAUUCAGCAGGAGGCAGAAGAGGAUCCCUGCCGCCCUCAAAGAGGUGACUGCAAACACAGGCACCUCCUCCAUGAGUGGGUACUUGAUGAGGUCCAAGUUGGAUAAAAAGCAGGGGAAGAGGCUGUGGUUCGUCAUCAAAGACAAAGUCCUGUACACCUACGCUGCCAGUGAGGACGUUGCCGCCUUAGAGAGUCAGCCACUGCUGGGCUUCGUGCUGAAAGCUGAAGUUACAAGGAGCAUGCAGUUUAAGCUCUACCAUCAAAACAAGCUUUACUACAUUUUUAAAGCUAACGACGUCCAAACAGCUCAAAGAUGGAUCGAGUCAUUUAAAGAAGCCACCGUGUUGUAA